AUGGGGUUUACUAAUUUACCCCCCAUUGUCGGAUUGGAUGACGAUUAUCCCGUUGCUGAUUGGACAAAAAAUCAUCACUACACGACUGACAGUGUUGGUCAUAUAUGGGAAGCAAUGGAAGAUGAUAAUACAGUAUUAGAAGAAAAAUUAGAAUCAAAGAGAGUAAAAACAUAUUUACUUCCAUUAGAUGAAUAUGUAAUAUGGAUUAAGAACCUUGAAAAAGCGGGCCUAAGUUAUGUUCGACAUGAUUGUUAA